GAUGCAAAAAAAUAGUAAAUUAGAUUAUUGGUUUUCCGUUUCCUAGUUCAUACUUCAAUAUCAGCCUUCAUUUAUAACUUGAGGCCGCAGAUAUUCCUGAGCUUCGUUUCCAAGACUACGAGAUAUGCCGUCUCCACAUCUGCAACAAUUUUAUAACGACAAGCGAAGUUUCAGUCAAUAUCGCGAUGGUGGAUAUUCACAAAACGAAGCAGAAGCUUCAAGAAUAAACCAUGGCUCGCAGACCCGGGGCACAAAAACUCCCAAUCUAUCCCAGGGACCAAAUACAGAGAGGGAGGAGACGACAAACGAUGUUAACGAAGUAAUAAAGAGACGUCAUGUAGUCAACAAAGAAACCGACGAAAUUAUUCAAUUGCUGAAUAAGAAGGUGGAUACUUGCAAAGAGCAAAACGUUGCUUUGGAAACUAAGGUGAAUGAUCAAGACGCUGAAAUUGAGAGAUUGAAUGCGGAAAACACCAGGUUGCGAGAAGAAAAUAAUCCGCAAAAUUUGAGAAAGAAAGUCUCCUAUUUGGAGGAGCAGCUCGAACACAGAAAGGCUGAGAUCGGGGAGGCGAGAAGGGAAAAAUCCAAUUUGCAAGGCCUGCUCCGUAAUGAAAAGGCUAAGACUGAGGCAAAAAUCUCAGAGGCAGACAAAUUGGAAAAAGAGAAGGCCAAGCUAGCCCAAGAUUACCAAGCCCUGCUGGCGAAUGUUACAAGUUUGAAAGCAGAAGCACAAAUAGCGAAGAUCGAGCUGUCUACGUUAGAAAAUAGUAAACUUCCCGAAAUGGAUGCUGUGAAGCAAGGUCUUGAAAGAGACCUAGACGAAGCGAAUCGAAACUUAAGCUCUGAGGUCAAGAAUGGCGAAAGUCUACAAUCAAAACUUACUGCUGAAAUCGCCAGAGCCCAGGAACUGGGGGAAGAAAAGAAAAGGCUGGAAUCGGAGUUGGAGGACGAGAAAAAGCAGCUAGAUGUACUUCGUGAAUCCAUCAGAGCGAUUGCAGCGUUUGGGAAUGUGAACCGCUAGCUAGCUGGGUCCACUUGAGAAUUCAGUUUACUAACAAGAAGUGGGAGUUAUAUCAGUCAAAAGAAAGUAGUCAGUCAUCAAUAGCCUUGAGAGUCUGCUCCAAUGACCACGACUUUUAUUUCAAUUCUUUUGUGACCCA